GGGUGGUUCGUUUUCCCCAUGGAAGAUUUUCAGUUUGUUAGAGCAACCCAAGAAUUUUAACAAGAAAAGAAAACACCCCCAUGUCAUUUUUACUUAAUUUUUUAAUAAUUACUUGUGAUUUAAGAAUGGGGUAAGAUGGAAAUCAUUGAGAUGAGUAAAUAAAGUUUAUUUAUGUUGUCUGCAAUUCCUGAGGUGUUUUCACGUGAUGCCUGUCCCUGAAGGAUUUUUCCAGCAGGAAGUUGGAGAGAGGGUGCCACAAUGCCCAUGGAGCUUUCUGCUGCAACUUCUACUAGGGUUUUCACAGUAAAUGGGCAGAUCUGUUUUGGAAAAUAAUUGCAGUAAAUGCACUUGAAAGAGGUAAAGGGGGAUUCCCUCCGUACUGUGUAUCCCUAUUGAUUUGAGGAUGGAAAACUACUCUGUUUUCUUCUUCAUUUUCUGCUCCGUUCUUCUUCCUGUUUUCCCUUUAGUUAGAUCGGGCGAUGCAGAUGCGCUUUUAGCUCUCAAGUUAUGGGUGGAUCCGCUCAACUCGCUGCCAUGGCAAGGAAGCAGCGAUGUAUGCACUUGGAAAGGGAUCAAGGAGUGCAUGAAUGGAAGAAUCACAAAGCUUGUGUUAGAGUACUACAAUUUGUCAGGCACUCUGGAGGAGAAGAGUUUGAAUCAGUUGGAUCAACUUCGGGUUCUGAGUUUCAAAGGGAACUCCAUUUCUGGGCAAAUCCCUCGUCUUUCUGGGUUAGUCAAUCUCAAAUCCCUUUACCUCAACAACAAUAACUUUUCCGGUGCUUUUCCGGAGUCAGUCUCCGGCUUGCAUCGCUUGAAAGUCAUCGUCUUGGCGGAAAAUCAAAUCUCAGGUCCUAUUCCUGCUUCCUUACUCAAUCUCCGGCGAUUGUACAUGCUUUACUUGCAAGACAACAGACUCAACGGCACAAUCCCUCCUUUCAACCAAACAAGUCUCAGAUUCUUCAAUGUGUCAGUUAACCAACUCUCCGGUGAGAUCCCGGCUACCCCUGCUUUGAUUCGGUUCAAUAUAUCUUCGUAUUCUGGCAAUGUGGGUCUCUGCGGGGAAGAAAUUCAGAACCCAUGUGCAUCUGGGUCAGGGCCAGCAAUUAGUCCUGCAUAUCCCAUACUUCCAAAUUCAAAAUCAUCAUCAAAAAGUAAGAAAUUGAUCAAGAUCAUAGCAGGAAGUGUCGGUGGGUUUCUGUUUCUGCUGCUGAUCUGUCUGCUCUGUUUGUAUAUAAUCUCUAGAAAGAACGAUGACGACGAUGAUGACGAAAAGGUGAGGGGGAAAGGACAAGGGAUUCAUAAUGGUGGUGCCGGUGCCGGUGCCGGUGCGGAGGAAGGAGGCGGCAGUGACAUGGGAAAACCAGGGGGGUUUUCGUGGGAGGGUGAGGGCUUAGGUAGUCUGGUGUUCUUGGGAUCAAGAGAUGAGCGGAUGAGUUACAGCCUUGAAGAUCUGCUCAAGGCGUCGGCGGAGACGCUGGGGAGGGGUACGAUGGGGAGCACCUACAAGGCGGUGAUGGAGUCAGGAUUCAUCGUGACCGUCAAAAGGUUGAAGAAUGCAAAAUAUCCUAGAUCGGAGGAGUUCAGAAGACACGUGGACUUGCUCGGUAGGUUGAGGCACCCUAACCUGGUCCCGCUCCGAGCUUAUUUCCAGGCUAAGGAAGAACGCCUGCUUGUAUAUGAUUAUUUCCCCAAUGGCAGCCUGUACACUCUCAUUCACGGAACAAGAGGUUCAGACGGUGGAAAGCCUCUACAUUGGACAUCUUGCCUAAAAAUAGCUGAGGACUUGGCAGCGGGACUGCUUUACAUCCACCAAAACCCAGGCUUAACCCAUGGCAACUUGAAAUCCUCUAACGUCUUGUUAGGUCCCGAGUUCGAGUCCUGCCUCACCGAUUAUGGUCUCGCUUCAUUUCGUGAUCCAGACUCACUUGACGAAUCCACUUCUUCUACUCUCUUCUACAAGGCUCCAGAAUAUCGUCACGUUCCAACCCAACAAGCUGAUAUCUACAGCUUCGGUGUCCUUCUCCUUGAGCUCCUCACAGGAAAAACACCGUUCCAAGAUCUUGUUUGUGACCACAGAUCAGACAUUCCUCGCUGGGUCAAAUCCGUUCGUGACCAAGAAACCGAUUCUGGGGAUGACCCUAACUCUAGCAAUGAAGCAUCUGAGGACAAACUCCAAGCCCUCUUGAACACUGCAGUGGCUUGCGUAUCUCCCACACCGGAGAACCGCCCUGUGAUGAGGGAAAUUCUGAAGAUGAUUAGAGAUGCAAGGGCGGAGGUACAAGUGUCUUCGAACAGUAGCGAUCACUCGCCCGGAAGAUGGUCAGACACCGUUCAGAGCUUGCCGAGAGACGAACAUCUGAGCAUAUAAUUGUUGUUACAAUUUUUUGUAAUUGUACAAGGUUUGAUUUGAACAGCCGCAUUCUUCAAUGCAAGGCACCUGCCGAUGGUGUCUACAUUUGGCUUUAACCCUUUCAAUGUUCUGUUUG